AUGUCGUGUGGGGCAGAAUGUCUGUCCCUUGGCCCUCCGCCGGAUUCAAUCAUGCAUAUGCCCCCACCGCCUCUACCGGCCUUCCUCGCCAACAUGGCCAACUUGACGCCACCCUGCAGGGCUUCGAAGUGUCCCCCACUGCUCAAUAACGAAGACAACGCAUUGUUUCCCGGUGUUGAGUACCACGAGUUACCACGACAUGAACCAGCUGCAUCUGACGACACAUGGUUCCUGGUGCUUAUUACUUGCUGUAUUGCAGUGCUCUGUAUUGCUGCCGUUUUGGCAAUUUUUUUACUGAAAUGUAGAGAAGCACGCGGUGGCUGUAAAAGCGGAACGGGUAAAACAAGCGGAUCCAAUGCGCUCUAUGGUAGUGCUGCCCUUGACUCCCGAGUAUUGUGGGCUGCCCUCACGCCAAGAGGAACUCGACACUUCGUCGCCGAUACUUACCCACACGAUGAAACUGAGGACCAUCAUUAUGAAUGUGUCGAACCACCUCUAUACAAACUUGGACCGCCAGAAGAUUUAGCCAUCACUAGACAUUACACCGUCGAGUAUGAAGACCCUGCUCCAUUAAUUGAAAGUUAUUCCGAUAGAACCGAAGAAUACUUCAGGAAUGGUAUGGAUACACUCCGUCGGGGAAAUAGACCACUAGUUUCAUCUCCGACCAGAAUUGAAAGACCCAAUUUGCCGCCAUUAAAUUUACAGCCAAGAACGCUAAGACGCCCGCCACAUUCCCGUCGUGUGAGUGAUGCAAAUAACUCUGAAAAAUCGGCUAUCUGA